CUGAACUUGAUGGAUUUCUCCCACCAGCAGGACUCGUUGGAUGCCAAGCGGCAGCUGAAAUCGGGAGAUGCAGCCCCGAUCCCCGGGCCACGGCAGGAGCAAGAACUUUUGACGGCACAGCCGAGGGAGGGAUUCCCGGAUUACCUUCCAGGUGACUUUAUGGGAGCCACAAUGAACCCAGAAAUGGCAGAUUACUACUUUUUCUCCGGGCAGCCCUCUCCGCCCAUCAGUUACACAGGCAGCUUCUUCAUCAAGACGGAGCAAUGCCAGGAUCAAGAGUCCCUCUUCAACUUGAUGUCAGGGAUCCUCGGCCUUUCUCCGUUCUCUGCUCCGGAAGCCCACCCGAGACAAACAGACGCGGUCUACAGUGUCCCAGAGGCUAUACAGAAUCACCUGGACCUUUAUUCCACCUGCCAACCGGAACUGAACAUCUCUGUACAGCCGUCUUUAGCCGAACAAGGUUACUCCACCUUCUCCAGUCCCAAUGGCCUCCAGCAAGUCCAGGCAUCCCCCGAGGUGGGCAGCUCUUCCCAGUGUCUGUUCAGUGAAAAGUCUUUGGACAGCAAGCAGGACAUUAAGCUGUCCGCCCUUUCCCCAUCCCUGCAGAAGUUCAAAGCUCCUUGUUCCCACUGGGACCCUCUCAGCCAGCCUCAGAGUUACCUGCCCUCUGAAUACCCUCCUUCAGAGACAUUCCAUCCCAUAGAGACAAACCAGGCGAUGUUCCCCCAGCUGGGAUCGAAAACAGAGAAUGUGCUGUCCGUCAGCUGCCAGUCGGAGCUCAGCAGUCUCCCAGAACAGUCAGGAUCCUUUGGACAUGGUCUGGAUUUCAGCUGUCAACCGGAGGCUUUCCCUGGCCACAGCCAAAUCCACAGUGACUUUGUCGAGGUAAAGAUCCCCAACCUCCCUGCUCAGCUCAUCCAAGAAUUCGAAUCCUCCUUGCCCCAGCCUGAGGUCAUGCCAAGUUUGAUGAGUCCCAAUAAGCAGAAGUUGCCCAACAACCACUCUCCCCCAUCAGCCACCCUAACGGACUUCCUAGCCCCUGCCUCCAGUUCCUCGGUCAAUGUUUUAGCACCCAGCAGGACCUCUGGUGUCCUACUAACAGAGCCAAAGAAGAAAUCCCGCCGGGGGAAAUGUUCCUCCAAGUGCUUCUGCCCCAAACCUCAUGAAAAAGCCUUUGCCUGCCCUGUGGAGAACUGCAUCAGGAGCUUUGCCAGGUCCGAUGAGCUGAACCGGCACCUGCGGAUCCACACUGGGCACAAGCCGUUCCAAUGCCGGAUCUGCCUGCGGAACUUCAGCCGCAGCGACCACCUGACCACCCACAUCAGGACCCACACGGGGGAGAAGCCCUUCUCCUGUGAUGACUGUGGCCGCAGGUUUGCCAGGAGCGACGAGAAGAAGAGGCAUAGCAAAGUCCACUUGAAGCAGAAAGCCAGAGCAGAGGAGAAACUCAAGGGACUCAGCUUGUUCUCAGUGGGACUUUCCUACGGGACACUCUAA